UAGGCAAGAAAGGAAUUCUCAGGAUUACAGUCCUCGCUCUCUGGAUUUAAAUCAUCCAAAAAUCACCAUGGACUCCUCAAGUGACACCUCCAAAAUCCUGGAGAAGGGUCCCGAAUACCUGAGGAAACAAAUGGAGUUGGAGAGUGAGACGAAAGGAGGCAUGAGUGCAGUGGAGCGGCUCGCGGCGACCAAAACAAAAUAUGUCAAGAGUCAAGAGGUGGACUCUGUGAUCACUGCUGGCUCCUCUUCUGUGAAGAGCUCGGGAUCUUCGAACAGGAGCUCUGGGAAAUUGACCCCACAGAGAAAAUCACCUGAGGUGAGUCCACAAAGCUGCACUCCGUCCCAGGUGCGUCGCUCCAGUUCCAAAAAGCGACCGGACUCUCUUCUGAUUUAUAGGCAGAAGUGUGAGUUAACAAGAGUAUCGGCCAACAAGCGAAGGCACUUCCGAAGAAAGUUACCGCUCAAUAAAACAAAUGCAAAGCCUUCAUUACCUGAAAAGGUAGAUAAGGAAUGUGGCUCUAACAACGACAAGGAAAAUCCCAGUGCCCCCGAGGGUUCUGCCUUGGAAUGUAGCGUUGCUGAUGUUUCACCUCAACCUGAGGAAAAUGAAGGACAGCACAUCAGUAAAAACAGUGACUCUGGGAAAACAUCAUCUUGCCUGACGGUUCCUGAACAUCAGAUAAGACCGGGCAGGGGCAUCGGCCGCUCCCACUCUGACAUCAGCUCCAGGUAUUCCAAGAACUUUGCGGACUUUGACGCUUUCUUCAAGUAUUGCGGUCUGGAUGGGGAAGUCAUUGAAUCACUAGGGAGAGAGAACUUCUCAGCACGGUCAGAUGAAAUCGUGGUUAACCUGCGCAGCGUCAGCGUUUCGACGUCGGAGGAUGGCUUUUCACGGAAUAGCGGCGACAGUGAUGGGCUUCUGGAGGAUGUGUUGCAAAAGAAGAAAGGUCAGGGGACUUCAGUUAUCGAACGGAAUGCACGUGUUAUUAAGUGGCUCUACAGCUGCAAAAACGCUAAGGAAACAGGGAAGAAGCUGAGGGACCUUGACUGACACGUUGACUCCUG